UCAGCUGUCGUUUAGCUUCCACCACAAUGCAGACGACGAAGAGCUCCGAUUUGCCUCCUCAACCAACCCGGGAAGAAUCCGGACCCGGAGCAACAGACUCUGCAUCUGCAUUCAAGAGCGGGCAGAGAGUUCACUCCACCGGCGACACCAGGCGAAUCGGAACGGUCAAGUACGUGGGACCCGUGGAAGGCUAUUCGGGGACAUGGGUCGGAGUCGACUGGGACGACGACGGCCAAGGCAAGCACGACGGUUCGCACAAUGGCGUCCAGUAUUUCCAAGCCAGAGGGCUCAAGACAGCGUCUUUCGUCCGCCCGCAUAACUUGAGCUCGGGGAUCACGCUUUUGGAGGCCCUUCAAGUUCGCUAUCGUGGCACUUCCACUAAAGAAGAAGAAGAUGAGAUGUAUGUGCUUUCUUCAACGAAUAAACGGGUAUCAAUUGAGCUUCUUGGCAAAGAAAAAAUUCAAAACAAGCUGAGUAGAUUUGAAGAGUUGACGGGCGUGUCACUCUCUUUUCUGGGGGUUAGCUCUCCUGGACCUUCAGGCCAAAUCAGUAAUACUCUACCAAAUUUGAAGCAGCUGGAUUUGACUGGGAAUCUGCUUUCUGAUUGGAAAGAUGUUGGCAUCAUAUGUAAAGAGUUACCUGCACUUGAAGUUCUCAAUCUAUCCCACAGUUCAAUGUUACAUGAUACAGUUGAGAUACCCAAGCUACACAAUAUAAGGAUUCUAGUUUUGAACCAUAUCGGCAUAAACUGGAAGCAGGUUGAAAUGCUUAAAGAUUCAGUUCCAUGCAUAGAGGAGCUUCAUCUGAUAGGGAACAAUAUAAAAGAAAUUACGCUAUCAUCUUCCAUGAGAGUAGAAGGAUUUGAUUAUCUGCAUCUUCUUAACUUGGAAGAAAAUUGUUUAGCUGAUUGGAACGAAAUUAUGAAGCUCUCAAAAAUAAAAAGUUUGGAGCAGCUUCUGUUAAACAAAAAUAGUUUGAAUGAAAUAUGGUACCCCGAACAUAGUACAUCAGAUGGAGCUGGUAAUGAAUCAGUUGGGAGAAAUUUUAAGCCUUUUCAAAGUUUGCACUGCCUUCUGCUAGGAGGUAACAACAUCAAAGAUCUGGCUUCUGUUGAUUCAUUGAACUCUUUCCCAAGCUUGAUUGAUAUAAGACUUUCUGAGAACCCAGUAUCAGAUACUGGGAAAGACGGUGUCCCAAGAUUUGUUUUGAUUGCCCGUUUGGCAAAUGUUAAAAUUUUAAAUGGAAGCGAGGUUAGUCCACGUGAACGGAAGGAUUCUGAGAUUCGGUAUGUUCGCUUAGUUAUGACCAAGUACAAUGACAAUGUGGAAGAACUCAUGCGUCUCCAUCCCAGGUUUGCUGAGCUUAAAAGAUUUCAUGGAAUUGAGGAUGUAAAGGCACCAAUUGGAGUAUUCGGGCCCCAGAAAAUGUCUUCAGGACUUAUUUCCGUCACCCUGAAAUGUGUGGGAUCUUCAAUUGGUGAAAAGCAGCCCCUGACAAAAAAGCUGCCUUCUACAACAACGGUUGGCAAAUUGAAGAACCUCUGUGAGAGUUUCUUCAAAUUAAAAUCUGUAAAGCCAAAGCUGUUUCUUCAAGAAGAGGGCACCCCUUUACCCACAUUACUUGAUGACGACAUGGCAUCUUUGAUGGAAAUUGGGGUUGGGAACGACUCGACCAUUCUUGUUGAUGAGGUCAACUGAUACAGUCCUUGCAAUUUGGAAGGGGAUUCAGAAACUUAAAUAGCAGUUCAAGUGUUACAAAUAUGUGCACGUCAUGUUAUCCUGCGGUGUCUAUACGUUUGUUUCUAAUGCCUGGGUCAUGCUGCAAUUUACACAAUGACUAUGAUUUUCAAAGGGGACAUCGCUAUUGAUAUAACCAAGAGGGAAAAAAAGGCACAAGGUGUUUUCUGCUUUAUGCUGCAUUUUGUUACGUGAUACAGCCAGU